AUGGACUAUAAGAGCGAACUAUUGUUAGAUACUGUGGCAUUCUGUGAUCUGUCACAGUUCAACCCCAUCCCCAAUAAUAACAAUAAGAUACUAGAUCUUGCUCUUAGCACUUCUGGAAAUAUGACCAUCACCAACGAGAAGACCUUAUUAAAACAGGAUAAACAUCACCCUGCCUUACGGAUCGAUUUUCAAGACUCAAAUUCCCUUAAUUAUAAACCUCUAAAAGUCAAUGAGUCAAAGCGGCUAAAUUUCUAUAAAUGCCAAUACAAAACUGUAAAGCAGAGAAUCAAUAAUACCAACUGGUCAGAUCUACUUCAUGGGGCAGAUGUAGAUGAGGCCGUGGCUAGAUUUUACGAUGUGAUCUACGAAAUUAUUAAUGAUUGUACUCCAACAGUUAAAAACCGCUCAAAUAAAUAUCCCAAAUGGUUCAGUCCUGGCUUGCGUCGUUGUAUGCGGGAAAAAAACAAAUACCACGCGCGCUACAAAAAAUACAAAAAUCCACGAGAUUACGAUACAUUCUCUCUCCUUCGAGCUAGAUGUAAAAAACUCAUAAAUUGUUGUUACAAUAAAUACAUCAGAUCUAUCGAAAAUGCUUUGAAAAAAAGACGUUAA